AGCUUUUGUACCCCUCGAUCUCCGGUUCCUUUCUCCUUCUUCUUCUCUUCCUCGUCAAUUUUCCAUUUUCCCUCAUCGAUUCUCCGGCGGAAAACCGAUAAAAGGUAAUUCAGAAUCUGAACCUAAACCUUUUCCAAUAUCAUUUCUAUUGUUGGCCACACAAGGGAGGAAAAGAUAACACUCUGGUGUCCACAUCACUAAGGGCAUGGCUGAGCUUAAGACUUCUGGGAGACCUAUUGACCAAUUGUUGGAGAAGGUUCUCUGCAUGAACAUUCUAUCUUCUGAUUACUUCAGAGACCUAUUGCGGCUGAAAACUUAUCAUGAAGUGAUUGAUGAAAUCUAUAAUCAAGUUGAUCAUGUGGAACCAUGGAUGACUGGCAACUGUCGUGGUCCUUCAACAGCCUUCUGCCUUCUCUACAAGUUCUUUACAAUGAAACUUACUGUCAAGCAAAUGCAUGGCCUGUUAAAGCAUCCAGAUUCUCCUUACAUUAGAGCUAUUGGAUUCCUUUAUCUGAGAUAUCUUGGUGAUUUUAAGACAUUAUGGGGUUGGUAUGAACCUUACCUCAAAGAUGAUGAGGAAUUCUCUCCUGGAUCCAGUGGCCAAAUGACCACAAUGGGCGUAUAUGUGCGUGACUUAUUUCUCGGGCAGUAUUAUUUUGACACACUACUACCCCGCAUUCCUGUUCCUGUCGUGCGGACGGCAGUUGCCAGUCUCGAAAAAAUGAAUCUGCCGACCAAACUCUCUGGGUCGAUCGGUGACUCUAGUCGUGGAUCUGAGGAAACUUCUCGCCGGCCACCUUCUGUCAAAGCCUCCCUUUCAGUGUCCUUUGGCCAGCGCGCACCUCAUCGUGCAUCAACUAGAGAUUCAUCUCCCAUCCGACGAACAAUUGCACCACCACCAUAUGAUAAGGAUGGUGCAAAUGGUUCAAGACGUUCCCCCAGCAUGCGCCGGAGUCAAAGUCGUGAUUUAUCUGACCGAGAAAAUUCUGAAAGAGACAGAGGCCGGGACAGAGACAGGGACAAUGAAAGAACUAGGGACAGAGAACGUGAUAGGGAUAGGGAUAGGUAUAGGGACCAGGAAAGAGAAAGGGAUAGGGGCAGGGAUCGGGAUAAAGAUAGAAGGUAUGAUCACGAAAGAGAUCGUGAAAGGGACAGAGACAGGAGGCAUGAUUAUGACAGAGACCGGGGAAGGGAUAGAGACAGGAGGUAUGAUUAUGAUCGAAGGUCAAUUGAGAGAAGCAGAAGAGACUAUGAGAGGAGCAGGAGCCGUAGUAGGAGUAGAAGCCACAGCCGAAGCUUGCAUGAUCAAGGUACAAGUCUUGAUCAGCAGCGAACUCCACCUAGGGAUGAGAGCAAGGAGAAGAAGGCUGCAUCUAGCAAUCUGGCCAAGCUUAAAGAUCUAUAUGGCGACUUCGGCAAUAAAAAGGAGAACGUAGGUGACGGCAGGGCUCCAAAUAGGGAUACAAGUACUGAGGAGGUUAUCAGACUUGGUGGUUCUACAUGGAGGUAGUUGGUCACAUUAACGUUUUGUAAGAGUUUGGAUACUCUCACACUGUCUCACCUUCCCAGAAGAGCACAUUGAUGGCUAACCUUUUGUCGAAGGGGAAAUAUGCAACUGAUAGCUGCAGCGAGGAGAUACUGUUUCAUGUUUGAGCAGUCGGGCAAAGCUGCGUGUAAACUGGAUUUCCUUUACUACUAUUUUAGACUUGUGUUACAAUAUUGGAUGGAUUUCAAAUGUCCCUUUGUUUGUUAAAACAUUAUUAUUACUACUUAAAGCAAUUGACAAACGUGUAAGAC